UUUGUGUUCUGGGAUUCUGCAGAUAGUAUACCAUGUCGUUUUUACCAGCACGGAAAGGGAGACAGAGACAACGGUACGAGGAUCACCUGAGGCUUGUUGCUGGGUGUAUUCCAUACAGACUCGAGAAUGAUGUUGUGGAUAGAAAUAGUCAUGUGACGAGCAGGAUUACUGUUCUCAUGAUUUCCACGUCAAAUCGUGAUGAUCUUGUGUUCCCUAAGGGUGGAUGGGAAGAUGAUGAGACUGUUCAUGAAGCAGCAUGUCGUGAGGCCUUGGAGGAAGCUGGAGUAAAAGGAAUACUUGAUGAGAAUCCACUGGGAGUCUGGGAGUUUAGAAGCAAGAGCAGACAGAACAGCUGCAGUCUGGAAGGUGGUUGUAGAGGUUAUAUGUUCGCCUUGGAAGUGACUGAAGAACUUGACUCAUGGGCAGAGCAGACUAAUUACAAGAGGAAAUGGCUUUGCCCAGAAGAAGCUAAUAAAUUUUGUCGGUAUGAUUGGAUGAGAGAUGCUCUUCAAGUAUUUUUGACAGCCAUGGAGAAAGACAGGAUGAGUGGGAGGGCAGAAAAGUUGGUGGAGCUCCCUAUGUUCCCAGCGUCGGAUGCCCGGGCAGAGCAUCAGAUGUUAUCAGCUGGUUGCUCCGGAAAACCAUCCAGCGGUCAGCAUCUUGAAGAUUCUUUUACUAGUAAAUGUGUUGUGCAGGGUUAAUGAGUCCUAGACAAAUGUCAUGAUCAGUUAGCUGUUUGUCACGUUCAGUCUUCUGUUCUCCUCUUGCUUUUACAAUUUCUGUAAAAAGAUAGCAAAU